AUGGGCGUGGCAUCCCCCAUAACGGCAGAGAGCUUGGUUGAGAUCGCAGACGAUCUCUAUAUCAGCAAACUUCUAUCAGGUGUCGCAGUCACAUGGGUCCUCUAUGACUGGAUCCUCGUUUUUGAAGAUGGUCUUCUUUCCCUUCGUCUGGUUGCACUUUACCGACGGCAACGACUUGUUAUUUGGUUCACUGGAGGCUUCUACUUUGUAACCUAUGCUGCGACUCUGGGGCUGAUUAUCGACGGCAUUCCACCCGUUGGGAAUUCCAUGUUCUACAGCAAAACUGUCAACAUGUGCUCUCCAACAGUAACGACCAAGACACUCAAAGCAGUGUUUUAUGCACCAGCAGGCUUUGAGAUCUUCCUCUUUGGUCUCACAGCAUGGUCCGUGCUAGCGGAUUCAUCGCUCAUCAUGGCCGCAGGUGGCAUCAGCAGUACUCCCUUUCUCACCGUAUUUUAUCGAGACGGUAUUCUAUGCUUUCUCGUCACCGUCGCUUUGCGUAUAUGGAACAUCUGGAUUUAUUUGACGCAGCAUGUUAGCACGUACAAUAUGGGCACACAACUGAUGUGGGCCGCCAACGUCGUUUUGAUCACUCGAGUCUAUAUGAAUCUAGUCUGGCUUGCCAGGGGUCCUAAACCCACGGAUACGCAUAUGGGCUUUAGUACGGAUUCGAACGAAAUCCAGACACGAGGGACGACUAACAUAUUCCGGAUGCGAAGACAAACGCAACAGCCCACGACCUCGUUUGGUAUUGAUACGAGCGAGAUUGGGACUCGGUAUCCUGGUGAGGUACCAGAUUUUCAGAUAUUGUCAUCAACAGAUGAGGUCGCAACGACACCUCGGAAACCUGACCUCGAGGGCGCGUAG